AGGUCUAAUGAUUCAAGAAGUUCCGCAAGUAAUGUCGAAACCUCAGACUCUGAGGUAAGUUCAGACAACGCAAAUGUUCGGUUCGAUUGAUUAUGUGACGUAGUCUAGAAUGACACUGUGACUGCAAAGACUUAUUUGAUUUCCUAAAGAAACUGGAGAAGUUUUAGGAAUAAACAAGGGAAAAAGUGAAAUGCGGCAAACUUUGUGGGUCUUCUAGAUCUCUAAGGGACCAUUUAAACAAGAGCUGUUUCGAAAGAUGGAAUCAUUUUUUAUUGUAGCGUGGCGUCGUCGUCUCGGAAACAUUAGGAAGAAAAUCGCGUUUUUUAUUUCUCUAGUUUACAGAAGUCAGUCAGGGCCAUGCCACAAGCAAUAUGGGUGUACGUAACAACCUGCCUGAGCCGUCUACGGAGAAUGUGGCUCUCGAAGAAGGACAACAGCCAAACAAUCAGCAGUCUGAUGUUGAAAAGGCCAGUGGUUCAACUACUCCUAACGAGGAGCCCGACCGGGCUGUCAUCAGUCGCAAGAGGACUGAUUUAGAACAACCAGGAGGUUACCAGAUGCUACAUGGAGGACGACAUGCUACAGGAAGUGAUGAAAUGUCUACUUCCAUUCAAGGAAAUGAAUCAGCCAGCACUAUGACAUUUGGUGAAGAAUGUCGCCCUGUUUUAGAAAUGGAUCCCAUCGCAGGUCGACCUCGGUCACCUCAGCUGGGUACUGAAGAUGCUUCAGGCCAUUCUAUCUGUAAUGGUGGAGAUGGUAAUGCUCUCCCUCAAGGAGACCAAGUUGAACUGGUUGACAGGAUGGAGAGACCGGAACAUCAGCCUUUUCCUCUGCAGGAAUGUGGUAUCCAAGUCAAUGUGUUGAGUGUACCUUUUCAGGAGACGGAACUAUUCAGAUCACAGGAGUUAGGUACUCGCCAAACAUUUCAUCAGGGUUAUACCUGGAAUCAUCCCUUGCAGGAGAUGGAGCAGCCAGCUUUAAGACGGCCACGUGAAACUUCCGGCUUGCUUGCUUGUCACCAGCCUCGUCAUGAUGACUCCGUAAAUGUAGUGAUUUCUUUGGGUAGGAUCCAGCAGCAUAUUGAGCAUGGCUGUGAGCGCCAAGAAAUAAGAUUAUGGCAAGGGCAACUUGAUAGGCUAGUAUUGCAUCAGUUGAACACUACCAUUUUUGGCACUUUAGAUGAAAGGAUUUUUUUACCGUAUUGAAAACACAUGCGUGACUUGGGCGUCAGUUCGAUACCAUAAAUACUAUUUGGAAGGAAAAUUACUCCACACGAAUUUUGAAUUGGAGAAAAAGCCACCAGGAAUUUGUUGGUUUCAUCAAGAUCCCCGGAAAGUCGGUUUGGUAUAGCCAGCUCGUUUAAACAAGAGAAGCUGCUUUACUUAUAGAUAAAGUAUCAAAAUAUCUGUCCUACAAUAAUUUACUGAAGACACUAACGUAAUUUCAGUCAUGAGGCAUGUUAUGUUUAAAAAGGAAACGAAAUAUGUUUCGUUUUCCCUAAAGUCUGUGGUGGUUUAUUUACAGGUCUGCUUCACAAAAAGCCGUAAGGAACAAACAGAAUCCUCGAGAGACUUAUUUCAUAGUGAAAUAUACAGACGUUGAGCAGUUUCGCCAGGUUGGCUUUCCUUUUUCUUUCUAAUAUGUCAUUACAGUAUUCUGUCUUUUAAUUGAUUUAAGCAGGAAGACACAGUACUUUUUAAAGUAACAUGUUUUGCCAGUUUCUUUUCUUACGUUUCAUUUCUAUCUAAUUUUAAUACCGUCAGGCCGAUGACAACGGAUUGGCACCAGCUGUUUUCGGUCCCGCCAUUGACUCCGAUAGCUUUGAAUAUAAAUUUGGGGUAAGGAUGUAUCCCAGUGGAGUUGGUGACGGAAGAGGCAGCUAUGUUGCCAUCUUUGUCCACAUGAUGGAGGGUGAGCACGAUGAUUUCUUACCUUGGCCUUACGCUGGAAGAAUUACUUUGUCAGUUUUGGAUAGAAAUGGACAAAGGCACAACGACAUCAGCCACACCUUGCAAGCUAAACCAAUGUUAGCUGCUUUUCAAAGGCCUCGGGAAGCCAUUUGCCCUAUUGGAUAUGGUCUCAUUUACUUCGCUAGGAUAGAACUGUUCUUCGGUCCUCAAUUUGUCAAAAACGAUGAACUGUUUUUGAAAAUUGAUUUUUCAUCAAAAUGA